UGUAUACAAUUGAAAGGUAACCUAUAAAUUACGAUCAAUUACGAUCAAUUCAGAGUUUCAUUAAUAUUAUAAUUAGUAUUGUCCCGUUGAUAUGAAUGCUCAUACUGCGGAAAAUAUGAAUGCAGAAAUGAAUUUGCCUCGUGUAUUAAUAUCAAACUCAAAACGUGCUAAGGCUAAAGAAAUAGCAAGUAAGAUGGGAGCCAAGUAUUUAUCACAACAAGCUGACAUGGAAACUUAUUUAUUAGAUAUUGACAAUAAAUACUACACGGCUCAGAUUUUAUUAUGCACAACCGACAAUCUAUCGAUAAACCUUUCGAAUUUUGAAGCAUUAAUAUUUCAUUAUGAUUUAGAAACAGGAGAUAGCUUCCGUCUCAUGUCUGAACAAAUUGUGCCGCUACUUGAUCGAUCAGAGGCAGAAAUAUUAUUAUUAGUUUGUAAUUCUAUUCCUAAUGCAACUGUUCGAGAACAAGUGUUAGAAUGGUGCGCGCUAAGAAAAUUUGAACUUAUUGAACUUGAGCAUUCGGAUCCUGUAGAAAUUAUGGAGCUUGAAGAAGAUCAAAGCAAAUAUGGAAUCGAACGAAUCGUCGAAGCUUUGGAAACUCAUAUGUGGCCAAACAUUAAUCUAAAAAAUUGCACGAGAAAGAAUACUCAAGGAUCACAAUUUGAAGUGAACGAAGUUGGUGACCAAUUAGAAAAUGUCUGCCUAAGCAAUGCACAAGAUAUUUCAGAACGUUUACAAAUGGAAAGUGUUUUGGAUGGAAUUAUGAACAACGAAGGAGCAGAUUUUGGUGAACUAUUUUGUCACUUGAGAGCAAUGAAAGAACACGCAGCGUCAAUGCCUUCAAAUCAAAGAAGAGUCGCGGCUGAACAAUUGGUAACAGCAUUUUGGAAAGCCAUAGGUGGCGAUCCAUCGGAAGUUGAAGAAAUAAAUUAAUUCGUUUAAAUCAUAUAAUGCUAUAUCUAUAAACAACAGUGCAUAGAAAUGCAAAUUGAUCCAAAUGAUUAUUAUUAUUCAAAUGAUGAUAU